AUGAUCAACGAAGAAGUUAUUCAAAUUACUAAUCUUUUGGAGCGCACUAUUUCCAACGACAGAGAAGAAUUAAAUCAAGUUCAGAAUUACUUGGAACACGCAGCGCAAACAAACCUACCAGGUUUUCUUAAAACUUUAUCUAAUGUUCUAUUGUAUUCGGUUAACAACCCAGUCGCUCGCAUCGCUGCUGGCCUUCAAAUCAAAAAUCAUAUUACAUCAAAAGAUGAAGCCAUUAAAAUUCAAAUGAAACGGCAAUGGUUGUUUUUCACCGAACAAGACCGUAUAUUUAUUAAAGAAAAUAUACUUAAAGCGCUCGGUACAGAAAGUCGGCCUAGUUCCGCUGCGCAGUGUAUUGCUACUGUUGCUAUCAUUGAAUUACCAUUAAAUCUAUGGCCUGGUCUUAUUACUUUAUUAACUACUAAUGCUACUAACCCAAAUUCUACUGAUGCUCUCAGAGAAGCUUCUUUAGAAACUAUUGGAUAUAUAUGUGCAGAGACCAAUUGCGAUGUUUUAAAAACCGAAUCCAAUCUAGUGCUUACAGCCAUUGUACAUGGAAUGACACAACCAAAUAGUCAUGUUUGUUUAGCUGCUACUACUGCUCUUUAUAAUUCUCUGGAAUUUGCCAAAGGAAAUUUUGAAAAGAAUAAUGAACGAGAUUACAUCAUGGAAGUCGUUUGUAAAGCUACACAGUCUACUGAUAUUCCAAUUAGGGUCGCCUCGCUUCAAUGUCUUGUUAAAAUCGUCUCUUUAUAUUAUGAAAAUAUGGAAAUGUAUAUGACAACACUAUUUCCAAUUACUCUAAAUGCAAUUAAAUCUGAAUUAGAAGAAGAAGCGCUCCAGGGUAUUGAAUUUUGGUCUAGUGUUGCUGAAGAAGAGGCAGAAAUUAUAUACGAACGUCAAUGUCAAGAACAGCCCAAUAAAAAACUAAUGUUGUACGCUGAAGGUGCAUUGAAAUUCAUAAUACCUGUUCUAAUGGAAAAACUUGCUAAACAGGAAGAAGGUGAUGAAGAUGAUUGGAAUUCAUGUAAAUCAGCAGGUGUUUGUAUAAUAUUACUAUCCACUUGUUGUCAGAGAAAUAUAGUUCCGCAUGUAAUUCCAUUUAUAAACGAAAAUAUUAUCAAUCCGGAUUGGCGUUACAGAGAUGCUUCAAUAAUGACACUAGGGUCGAUACUUGGUGGACUAGAUCAAACUGCAUUAAAAAGUCUAUUAGAACCCAAUAUUCCAGUUCUUAUACAUAUGAUGCACGACGCUAGCAUUGCUGUUCAGGAUACAACGGCGUGGACAUUUGGUCGUAUAUUUGAAUUUAUACCACAUUUAAUUAUUACUUCACCUUAUCUGAUCGAUGUACUAGGAGUUUUCGUAAAAGGUCUUAAAUCUGAAGCUCGUGUAGCCACAAAUAUUUGCUGGGCUUUUAGCAGCCUCGCCCAAGCUAUUGGAGAAAAUAUGAAUGUUUUGACUCAAUAUUUUGAUUAUAUCGUUCAAGGUCUGCUCGAAACCACAGAAAGAUUUGAUGGUAUGAGAUCAAACUUAAGGUCUGCUGCAUAUGAAGCUCUUAUGGAUAUGAUCAAGUAUUCGCCAGCCGAUUGUUAUGAAACUGUUAAAACUACAACAAUAAUCAUACUCACUCGACUGAAUCAAAUAAUCAAUUUGCAAACGAUGAAUGAAGAUUGUAUAGACAUGCAAGGACUAUUGUGUGCAACAUUACAAAGUGUCAUAAGAAAAAUGAGUGGUAAGGAUGUAGAACACAUCGCCGAUAUGGUAAUGAAUGCUCUUUUAUUUAUGUUGGGUACGAGUAAAGACAGUGGUUUACAAGAAGACGCAUUAAUGACUAUAAGUCCACUAGUAGAAAAUCUUGGAAAAGGAUUUAACAAAUAUAUGGAAUAUUUCAAAACGUAUCUAUUUAUUGGUUUGCAAACAAAUAUGGAAUUCCAAGUGUGUUUAGCAGCCAUUGGUUUAGUAGGUGAUUUGUCACGAGCCCUUCACGAAGAUUUGGCUCCACAUUGCGAUCAAAUAUUCGCUUUACUCUUUGAAACUUUACAAAACAAUACUGUUAAUCGGAACUUGAAACCACAAAUCUUAUCCACAUUUGGAGAUAUAGCACUUGGAAUCGGAUCAGAGUUCAAGAAGUACUUGGAACACGUAUUGAAUGCAUUGGUUCAAGUAGCUCAACUUCAAAUGGAUCCUAAUGAUGCAGAAAUCGUGAAUUACUUAAACGAACUUCGUGAAGGAGUAUUGGCCGCUUAUGUUGGCAUUGUUCAAGGCUUAAAAGGCGAAGGAUACACAUCAAAUCAAGAUGUUUAUUUAUUAGAAGCCCACUUACCAUUCAUGGUCCAAUAUAUGAUAUCUAUCUGCUCCGAUCCCAACGCACAUCCAGGUAUAUUAAAGAGCUGCUGUGGUCUUGUUGGAGACUUGUGUACUGCUUUUGGUCAAAAAGCAUGCCCAGUGCUAGACAACGGACAUGUGCACGAACUUUUAUACAAAGGUCGUCAGUCUGCGGAUGUCUUUGCAAGAAAUCUGGCUCACUGGUCGACAAAAGAACUUCAAAAAAUCAAGACCCUCGCAAUGUAA